UUCUAUGCUCGCCUUCCUGAGAGACAGACAGGGAGAAUAAGAGGAAGAGAGGCUGAAUUUUGUUGUUUUCCUGCUUGUUUUUUUCUGCUUCACUCCGCUGCUGCUGCUGCUGUGCUGGCGGCUCUGAUCCGUGCAUGAAGAGGAGGAAAAGAUUUCGGGGACUGGUCAUGGUGUCCAGUGCGAAGGUAUGGGACCCCCCCCAUGUGGGUCUUACUCAGCCACAUCUGAGAGAGCAACGCCUGGCUCCUGGUCUUACUCCCCUCUGCAACUCCUCAGAUACUGCUGCUAAGGAUACUGAACUCCACGAAAGUCGGGAGUUGUCACCUUUGUCUUCCCCUCCUCCGCCGCUGGUGACCCUCAGUACAAGUCACCCAAUUCAACAUCCACCUGUCAGUUUGUACAUUGUGAGUAAGACUGAACCACUAAUUAAACCUGCCCACAGUCUUGGUGUGGUCUCUCAAUCUGAGGAAGAGGAAGCUGAGCAGUUGAACAUGAAGGGAAAAAGACUAGGAUAUCGUGUAGAGGCCACACUGGACGACAAGCUGGAGGACAUGGGUGAUGGACCUAAAAAUGCAAAAAUCACCCUAAGCUUCCCGCUUGGUGCCGCUCCACUCCCAACGUCUCUGACCUCACCUGACCACUGUCACAGCUCUUCUUCAACCUCUCCUUCCCCCCAACGGCGGCGCCUAUCAUCCAAGAGCUCAGACAGGGGGGCCUUGUGGAAACUGGACGCCACCAUGGAUGUAAAGCACAGACCCUUUAAGCCGUCAAGACAUGACAGCUCCCCGUCCUCCUCGCCCUCCUCCUCCUCCUCUCCCAUGGCUACUUUUAUCAGGAAGGAUCUAAAAUCUCCGCCUCCUCUGAAGUGCUCCAAACUCAGUUCAGAGACUCAGAUUCACAGGUCACCCCCAAGAGCUUCCAGCGGGCCUUUAGGAGGCUGUUUUGGUGGAGAUGGGUGGGAUGAAAGGCACAAAGUGGCCAAUGGAACAGCCUCACCCUCUCAGACUGCUCAGAUCCUCUUCAGUCUGGGCACGUCAGCCUAUCAGAGAGGUGUGGAUACAGACAGGAAAGAGAAACUGACAGGGAGGCCAGUUGGAAAAACAGGGAGUCCCCACAGACCAAGUCUUCACCCACCCACCCUGGACCUCCCUCCACCUUUACCUCCUCCACCUCCCCCGCCUUCUGAGGGUCUUACUGCACCCCCCCACUCGUCCUCCUACCCCCCUCCUGACGGCAUGAAGCCAGAGCUGAUUUGUGGUGUGUGCCAUCGGCUUUUCAGCUCAGCCUCUUCCCUCACGGUCCACAUGCGGCUGCAUCGUGGCAGCCGUGCUCUCAGCUGCCGCUACUGUGGCAAAGUAUUCAUCCACAGCAAGAGACUUCAAUCCCAUGAGACCUCCUGCGGGGCGCCAGGCCUGCGUCCUCCCGCCCUGACCGUACAGCCAAAGGAGGAGCUGAAGGAGGAGCCGCUGGAGGAUGGUGAGGUGAGAGUGGAGGGGGGAGUGAUUGUGGGACAAACAGACAUCAGCAAAGGGCGGCCCGGAAAGAAAGUGCGGAGCCUCCUGGCGCGCAUCCAAGCCGGUGACCCAGCAGCCACAGAGCUGCUGGCGGGUGAUGAGAACCAUUUUGUGAAGGUGGUGGAUGGCAACGUCAUCUACUUCUGCUCUGUGUGCGAGCGAUCCUACAUGACCCUGUCCAGCCUGAAGCGUCAUUCUAACGUGCACUCAUGGCGGCGCAAAUAUCCCUGCCAUUACUGCGACAAAGUCUUUGCCCUGGCAGAGUACCGCACAAAGCACGAGGUGUGGCACACGGGAGAGCGCCGAUACCAGUGCAUCUUCUGCUGGGACGCCUUUGCCACCUACUACAAUCUCAAGACACAUCAGAAGACCAUCCACGGAAUUAAUCCGAGCCUGAUCUCCAGUGAAAAGACAGCUAAUGGGGGUUAUAAACAGAAAGCGAAUGCCCUCAAGCUCUACCGCCUUCUCCCCAUGCGCUCCCAGAAGAGACCCUACAAGACCUACAGUGACAGCUUACAUAAUGGCCUUCUUCUUCCACCAGCUGAUACCCCCUCCCUCUCCCUGCCUGGCCUUGGCUGUGCUUUGGGCUCGGGGGACCUGCAGAGCAUCAUCGCAGGAGCCCCCUCUCAGAGUCUAAAGCCUGAUCCAGAUGCAUUUUCCGAUGGCUUCCCAAUUUCUCUUGCUGCUGAGCACAGAGACUUAUCUGAGCUUGCCCUUGAGAGCCAACUUAGAACACAUGAAAGUGAGGCCCUAGAGUUAGAGCAGGAGGGAGGUAGUUUCAAAAUGUCCCAUAACAGCAAACACAAAACUUUAAAAGCAGGGAGAGGCACAGAAACAGGUAUGCCCUCUGUUAUAACAUAUGGACAUACAAAACCCUCUGUUAUAGUUCACGGAGCAGCUGUGUCAUCCUCAGUCAUUGUGCAUAGCAAUCAGGUUACUUCUGGAAGUGAGAAAAGCCCAGUAACCAGCCCAUCCCCCGAAACUAGUAAUAGCCAGAUUUCAAUCAAGGGCAGUCCUAAAGCAAUCAAAAAGCAAAGAGAUAAUACAGAUAAUCACAGAAAGAGGUCCAGGGACAGUUUAGAUACAGCAAACAAGGGCUCAAAAGGAAGACACAACACUGAGACAGGCAGAGGACUUCACAAAUCCCGCAAGUCCCACAAUAAGACUACAAUCACAAUCUCAAAAGGGGUAUCAGCAUCUGGAAGCUCACAGGCCAAAGAAUCAGGGCCACUGUGCCAGAUAACUGUUCGCAUUGGCGAGGAGGCCAUAGUGAAGCGCAGCAUCUCUGAGACAGACCUUAAACGAGACAAAAGCCUUUCUCCUCAAAAAAUCAAACGAAGUGAAACACCAUCUGUAAAGGAGCCACGCCAUACCCACUCACACCACCAUCACCAUAAACACCGCCCACUAAGCAGAGCCAGCAUGGAUGAAGACGGGGGAAAGGAAGCAGGAGAUGAUGAGGAGGAGCAGGAAGAGAUGGAGGAGCAAGACGGCAGGGAUAAAAGCUCCAAAUCCCCUGAUCAGGUGAGGGAGUACUUCUUUCGUAAGGGGGUGCGGGAGCAGGACAGUGACAAUGACAUAGAGGAUAAUCUUUGGCGACCUUACUACACCUACAAGCCUAAGAAAAAGGCCCAAGCACAUCUACAGAGAGUUAAGAACUGGCAAAGGAAACUCAAGUACAAGCGCUCCAUCCGACUCAAGAGGAGGGCAGAAAGAUUGAAGAGGCUUCUGAAUAAACAAACUGAGAAAUCACAAGAUGAGGAGGAGGACAGGACAACUGUAGAGGCUGAGAAACCUAACAAGGAUGUUAGACAGGAAAGAAAGAAGGAUAAUCUCUCUUCCCCUUUAAAGGAGAAAAAACAGGAUGUAGAGGAACAGGUUAAAGAGGCCUGUCAUGAGGUUUCCACCCCCCCUGUCCGCUCUCCAAAGCCCCCUCUGUCUACCUCAAUGGCUCCCACAGGAAUAAAGAGGAGGCCUUGGACUAAUGGGAAUGCAGCAGAGUGUGGCACAUGUGGCCGCUGGUUCUCAAGCCCCAGGAAGCGAGACAAACACGAGCUGAGCCAUCUGCUAGAGUUUGUAUGCCUCUUCUGUCGGGCCACUUUCCCCUCAAGGGAAAAGUUGGAAGACCACCAGAAAGCCCAGCAUCCUAAGCCCACUGAGGCACCCUCUGUGGCCACUAAAUGUGGUGAACAAACGGCAGGCGUUGGUAUCAAAUCCGUGCCUGAGAUCUCAAAGCAUGAUGAAGAUAAAGAGGGACUGCUUGGACUGGGAGGUAGUAAUUCUAGUCCGAGUCGUUUAAGUAGAAGAGCCUUAUCAAGACACACUUGUCCACAGUGUCAUAAGGUUUGCAAGACAUCAUCAGCGCUAACUCGCCAUAUCCGACGUCAUGAUUUAAGUAGUUCUCCAGAAAGAGAAAAAGAAGAUAACAACUCAGAAGCAAAACCCCCUCAAACAGUUAGCGAACCUCUUUGCACAGAUCCUGAGACUGAUAAAGGACAAACUCCCAGUGCUCUCUCUGUUUCAGUUAUCAGUUAUUCACCGGCAGAGCUGCCCAGCGGUGGCGACUGUUUGGCAUCACAGCAGCAUGAUGACCAUUCAAGUGAACUUAUAGACAAACACCUGAAAUUAGACUCCAGUGAAGAACCUGAACUCACACAGCUUGCACUUUUUGCUCCAGAGAUAGAGCCCAUACCACAACCUGUAGAUCUUCCAUUAGAAAGUCCAGUUAACCUCACACCCACCAAACCUGAAGUUCCACCUGCCACACCCUCCUCUCUCCAGAGUGUGCUCGUCAUGAAUGAAUCCGAAUGUCUCGACUACCGCACGACAAUUAAAAAGAGCCUAGAUGGUCAGAGCCACAGAAAAGCCAGCCCUUUGCACUUUGUGACAUCCAUCAACACCUCCCUGAAUGUGCCCAUGACAUCACAGACCAGAAUAACCCCUGCUGCUCCUCCUGUUUCCAUGACAACAGCUCCCAGCUCUGAGGGGGGAUUCACGAGAUGGGAUGGGGUCAUUAUUGACAGAGAGAGGCAGAGUGGGAGCGGUACAAUUUUACACACAGGUUACAAAGAAUUGCCUCUGCUCCAAGGUCUCAGAGUCCAGGCCCUAUCCCGGAGUCCCUCUCCCAACGAAGCACAAGACCUGACCAUGUCCUCUAUUUUAGCUCGGGAGAGGGAGAUAGAGAGGCAAAGAGAGGCAGAGGUAGAGCUGGACAGACAGAGGGAACGGAGGAGGAACAAGGAAAUUGAGAAAGAGAAAAUCAGUAGAGUUGCUUAUCCUCCACAGGAGCAAACUUCUCUCAUUGUCCCUAAAGAGGAGCCUUUGAGCCCUGUAGCAUCUCCCCAACAUAUGUCUACCCAAACCACUAUAAAUGGACCCUGUUUGCGCAGGCACACUCCCAAGUCCCCCUGCCGGCCCCCUUCAACUACUGGACUGAUGGCUCAGGCCAGCCGGCAGGUUCAUUUAAGUUCACAAGGACUUGACAGGCUGACGCUGCCCACUGGAGCAGUUGGUGCCACUGACCGCCCCUCUGCACACGCUCUGCUUCUUCCUCGAGCCUCCCAGCCACCUGGGCUGGACCACCAGGACACUUUUUCUGGCAUAGAUUCACAGCAGGGGGACACCACCCCAGCUGACUACCCCUCCCAGGAUUAUCCCCUACCCCUCAUUGUGCCAGACAGCUACAGAUCUGUUAAGAAGCACGAAGAAAACCUGCUCAUGUCCACUUAUCCACCUGGAGCACUGCCCUUUGGCCCGCUGGGGAAAGUCAUAGUACCGGAUGGAGGGGACUUAGGCAAGCUGCCGUUCUACCCGGACCCUUACCAGCUGCUCUAUGGGCCCCAGCUCUUAGCCUACCCCUAUAACUUGGCAGCACUUCCUGUGGCUCUGAACAUGAUGGCACCAGGAGGGGAUAAGGUGGAGCCUCUGCCGUACCUCCCCACCAUUUUCAACUACGCAGCCACUGCUGGACCCUACAUGGGAGCAGCACCUCACCCGCUUAUGGCAAAUCCCGGCCUCUACAGCAGCGGCGGCAGUGGCAAAAAGCAGCGAGAUGGCAGCAGCAGUAAACAGUAGGACAUAGAUGCACUAUAAGAAGUAUAACUCAAAAAGGACAGCCUUAUGUGCUCUACCUGGGAGGGGCAGGGUUACCAUGCUGACUGGCCCACUUUAUUCUACAGAAAUCAGAGCUAAGCAUUAUACAAGUUUGUGUGAAAGGGUGGAGGUGGAGUAAAGAAACAGGGAGGAGAAGUCCAUAUUAAGGUGACGUAUCACUCCUCCACCAUUUUUACUCCUGCUCCUCUCCCUCUCCUGUUCCCUUGUAGUUGUUCUGGAGCUUAAUUAAUUUCCCUCUCUGACUCGUUAUUAUAUCUAUAAUAUAAAAAAUACAAACUGUUAACAGGGUGUUUGUUGCUUGGAGAAUUAGUCCAGUCUACUUCCCUUUAUAGUUGCCACAUAACGACGAUCUUCAGGGAAGGCGUUGUUUGGGUCCGGAUAGGGCAUGGAACUCAACACAGUUGGAGCACUAACCGGCUCUGCAUAUUUUUGUACGAGGGAGUGGGAAUGCAGGGUUAUCCUGUUGUCAUACUGUCCAUGAAAGCUGUACUCGAGCACGUACAUGCAUAUAUGCGUAGGGCAGUUUGUGCAUGCAGUGUUUGGCUGAAGCAGAUAUGAGUGUAUUUCUGAGUACUUAUGGAUGAAUGAAUCUAGACCAUUCCAUGUGUGAUUCUCACAGCAUUCCUACUCUUGUUGGGAUAGCUACUGUAGGUCAGUAUGUAGAAUUGCUUUUAGAAGAGAUCCCUCAUAUCCAAAUCCUUAGAAAGUCAAAACUUUGGUUGGAUGGGAGUGGAUGACAGUGAUGGAGCUUUUCAAAGGGAUAGUUUGAGAUUUUUGAAACAGGGCUCUGUUAAAAGGUUAUAAGCGGUUAAUAAAUUACCUGCAUUCGAUUCCUUCUAGGUAUCUCCAUUUUGCAUAAAUGUAAAUUAGUUGAACCCAGAAGCUGAAACUAAAGCAGCUAUUUGUAGAGGGGCAAGACCAAAGCAUUAUUUUACAAUCUAAUAAGAGCCUCAAAAAUGACAUAGCGGUUUAUGGGAACACUGUUUUAUGAACCUUUAACUCAGCAGUUCUCCAACUUUUCAGUGCGAGUCCCCCUUAUUAAGGAAGAAAAUUUUCCUGGUCUCCCCACCUCGUUAAUACUUGAAAAUAAAUCGAUCAAGUUUAAUGUCAGUUUAAGAAAAAACUGUUCUAUAUUUUUAUAUGUCAACAUGUGAACAUGUUUCCGCCUCAUUUUUCCAUUCAUAUUUAGACUUUUUUCAAAUAAAGAUGCGGUCAAAUUGUACCCUGGUUAAAUAACAUAAAACAGUGUAGACACUAUUCGUUGGCUGUUUUUAUUUAUUAACAAUGAUAAAUAAAAGGUAACAAUUAGAACUAAAACAAAAUGUGUUACCUUUUGAUAAUCAUCAGCCUUUCACCUAAAAACUAUGUGGCUUACAUGAGGUGUAAUAAUUCAGUAAAUCUUAUUUAUUUAGUUUUUUAGCUAUAUGCUGUCACACACAACACACAGACAGUCCCCAUCAUACCGGCAUGAACGAUGAUAAUAAUUGAUGGUUAGGCUCAAGCCCUGAGCAUCACAACUAACAGGUUAAGUCCUGUGAUUUGUUGUUUGUUGAUUGUGUGGAAACAAUUUUGGUUCACAAUAUUGGAAGACUAAAUUAUUAGUUCUGUGUGAGAUCGAAUAAAUACCCAGAGGGAUCUGAUUGUGAUACUGGUAGAAGGGCACAUUUAACUCCUUUCAUGUUUUCAUUGGGUCAUUAUUUAUAGCUUAUGCUAAUUUACAUGGGAAAUGGAGUGUGGAGGGUGGAGGCUGCAGGGUGGAGGCUGCGCAACAUCAGUGAUCUUCCUGUGUGAAACUCUUAUUGAAAGCAGAAAAUGUAAAGUCGUUCCGGUAGCUACCAAAUAGCAAGCUAAGGCAGUGUAAAAAUCGGCAAAAUGGCAUUCUCUGAAACCACUUAAAUAUAUUUCUAGACCAGUUUACUCUCACAUCAAGCAUUUUCUCUCCCCGGAAAGACUUUACAUGUUUUGUUCUUAGAACACGUUUCACACAGGAAGAUCACUGAUAGUGUUCACAACAACAGCUAUCACGUUUCUGCGACUUGAGUUGUUUUGACACAGUAGAAGUCUGCUUUGGCCUGGGCCUUCUCAAUCUAGCCAUUAGCAUCAGCCUCUGGGACCAACUAAUCUGGAUUUAUACUAAAUGAGGACAACAAGAGAGUCAUCCGCUCCAUAAGAUAAUACCUGCUUAUAACCUUUUAGAAAAUGUUCAUUAAAAAAAUCCUGAACUAUCAUUUUAGGUGUCAACAAACCUGGUGACCUUGUGACAGGUUGGCACUGUAGGAUCUGUAUAGCAUUUACAAUAGUUUAUAUUUUAUGUGCACAAAAUAGACAAGUAGUGGUCACUUAAAGGAGACAUAUGUAGCUGCUUUGGAAAUGUAGCUGGCCACUGGGUAAAACAAAACAAAGGCUGGUAGACCAUUGCACUUCCAUUUUCAUCUCAUUUCUUUGAAAAUAGGUAUUAAAAAGGAAAAGAAUAAAGACCAGUCAGCCUUUGUAUUGUGUAGUUUUUUUUCCUCUUGCUUGAAAGAGGAAAAGGCCCAAUUUUCAAAACCAGAAAGGAUUUAGAGUAUCGUAUUAUUUCUUUAUAGGAAGACAAAUAUAUAGGGGCACAAAACUGUUGGGCUCUGAAUCAGAAGGAUAAACAAGAAAUGAUGCUGAGGAAUCAAAAAACAAAACAAAACAAAUCCUCAAUAUUGUAGGGCAGAUUGGGAAAAGGUCUGAUCUAUAUCCUGUGUCAUUUACUAAGAGGUAGGAAAAGGCUGAGCUUAGCAGCCAAAGGGGUGGACCGAAACUCUCCCGACGCCCUCCUGGGGCCUUUUUGUUACGUGUAAAGUUCUCUAUGUGUUGGUUUUGUUAAACUAUGUUGUUUUUGUUGUUUAGCCCUCUUACCAGAUGGAAGUGGCUUCAGUAAAAAGGAGGGGGGGGGGGGGGGGGGGGGGGUGAACUUAAAAACAUGAAUGUAAAUUUAGUCACGAGGUUAAUGAAGUACAGCUGCAUUAAUGGUAGAGUUGGUUUCAGUUCCUUUUUUUGUUUGUUUUGACACAAGUAACCUGUUGAAGAACCAUAUAACGUCUGGUAUGCAUAUAUACAGUAGUCCUAGGAACAUGUCAGUAAACUUGGGUUCGUUAUCCACAAAGCAUGAGCAACACUCGCUUCCUAACUGUUUAUAUCCUCAGCAAAUUGACUUUGUGCGCACAGCUUUUCUUUACUUUAUUUUUUCCUACAUUCUGGGUUUUUGUUAAUCUUCCAUAUCUCUGUCGAACUUUAAACCACACUUUAAAAAAAGAAAAAUAGCCUGUUAAGAAGUUUUUUAUUUAAUUGCCCCACCCUGUUUUUGAGCACCUUCUGGCUCGCUGCACCUCCUCUGAAUGAAGUACACGUACUUCAGUGUGUGUGCAUGUAUGCAUUUAUUGGUUCCUAUUAAAAGUGUUAAAUAACACAAUGUGGCCGACUGCAGGGGAGCAUCACAGAUCCCCUCCAGUGUGGUUACAAGCCUUUUUUUAUGAGUUUGUGAGAGCGUGUGACUGUGCAAAUAAGAAAACCAAAAUAAAUCUGCCUAAGCAGUUUAUCGGCCACCUGUUUCUGUUUUUUUGUUAUUAUUAUCAUUUCUUUUGGACUCUUCUGUGAGUUAGUUUCAUUGUAAAAAAAAAAACAACCUAAAAUAAUAGUAAAAAGCCUUGCUGUCUCCAAUACACUGUCUCAAGCCAUUCCUGUAGAUGGAUACGUUUGUGUUUUUUGGACCAUUUCUUAUGCCAUAGUUUGCCAUCAUGGUUAUCAAACAGACCAAAAGCAUGCAAAUUGACGUAUCGUGGUGACUGGACUGGAAUCUGGUGGUAAUAUACAACUAUUUACUGUAUGUUUUAGUUCAAAUGAAUGUGCCUCUGCUGAUAUUUAAAUAACUAUCUAUAGUAAGACGUGGAUCUGCCAGAUUUCAACUGCUAAGGUGCCUUGUUAUGGCAUAAGAAAUUUGAAUGGUAAAUGAGAGUUUUCUUAAUAUGGUUUGGAGAUAGAGUUCAUGGCUUUGUUUGCUAUGAAGCUGUUCAUAGAUGUAGGAGUGUGGCUAAACUGUUUCAGUAUCGUGUACAUGUCUAGGGUAAUACUGUGCCAUAUAGAGCCCACAGAAUAUGUUAAUGUUAUUUUUAAAAGCUGUUUUAAUGUUGCCUGAUGACUUUGUCUUUAGAUUUGAUACAAAGGCUUGUAGCCACAGCUCUCCCAAAGUCUGUAGUUUCCUUUUUCUGACAUUCUUCUUGUCCUUCCUCCCCCCUCCCCUUGUUUUUUGUCUCCCUUUCCUUUCUCUUUGCUGCAAUCAAACAAAAUAAAGUAUUAACCUGAUGACCCAAUAAAA